CAGAAGAUGGUAUUCAAAAAGAACAAAAAAGAACAGGUCUCCUUUCAAUGAGAAAUUAUUGCGAAAAUACUAUAGAUUGCCGCAGGAAACAGUUUCUGGAAUAUUUUGGAGAAAUUUUUGAUACAUCAGAAUGUGAAGAGACAUGUGACAAUUGCUCAGCAAGGAAACAUAAGAUCCAUAUUAAUAUGGAGAAUAAGGAUAGUUCAUCAUCAAAUACAAUCGAGAUUGUUGAUAAAAAAGAAGAGCAAGAACCAGAUAAUAAUGAAACUGAAACUUUGAUAAAAGCAGAAAAUAAAUCAAAUCACGAAAUAAACAUCUCUGAUAAUUCCAUAUCAAGUUCCAAAACAUUAGAUGAUAAUAAUACAUUGAAGAAACAUAAGGAAAUUAUAGAUGAUGAUAGUGAAGACAAGUCUAAAAGACUUGCUAAAAAGUCUAAGAAAGAAAGUGAUGAUGGAAAUGUUGAUGCUGAUGUUUUUUAA